UCACUUCAAAGUGGUAGGUUCCAUGACUAGUACUACUAGGAGUAGAUAACUCACACAUACGCAUAACUUCUUCUCUCCCAUUCCCCAAUUUUCCUUCACAUUUUCUCACUUCCCAAACAACCCUUUUCCUCUUGUAUUAGAAAGUCGGAGAGCCAGAAAAUUAAUAAUGGACUCAAGAGAACCACAGCCACCGCCACAACCGCCACAGCAAAUACCAUCGCAUCCACAACAGCAACCGAAUAUGUUACUAGGUUCCACUUCCUCUUACAACGCCGCCGCCGCUCAUCACGCCAUGAAUAUGAUGAAUCCUAACAUCAAUCCAACUGCUGCCGCUGGUUUUCCCUUCAAUUCGGUGGGCCCACCGCGCUCACAAUCCAAGGCGCCCUCUUCGGAUGGUGUUUUUGAUGGAUCGUCGCCGCCUUCUUCCACCGGAAUGAGGUUUAGUAUGGAACCCGCAAAGAAGAAGCGGGGGAGGCCUAGGAAGUACACCCCCGAUGGCAACAUUGCCUUGGGAUUGUCACCCACCCCAAUUUCUUCGUCAGCAAACUCUUUAGGUCAUGCGGAUUCUGGGGGCGGCACGUCUGGCGUGGCCUCUGAACCUCCGGCGAAGCGGAAUAGAGGAAGGCCCCCGGGGUCGGGCAAAAAGCAGCUUGAUGCAUUAGGAGGGGUUGGAGGCGUGGGGUUUACACCUCAUGUGAUUACAGUGAAAGCAGGAGAGGACAUAGCAUCAAAGAUUAUGGCUUUUUCGCAGCAAGGGCCACGGACAGUUUGUAUUCUCUCUGCAAAUGGUGCCAUUUGCAAUGUCACCCUUCGUCAACCAGCAAUGUCUGGUGGUACUGUGACGUAUGAGGGCCGAUUUGAAAUUAUCUCUCUCUCAGGUUCCUUCUUGCUUUCUGAAAAUAAUGGUAGUCGCAGCAGAACUGGUGGUUUGAGUGUGUCACUGGCAGGUUCAGAUGGUAGAGUCUUGGGUGGAGGAGUUGCUGGAAUGCUAUUAGCAGCAUCACCAGUACAGGUCAUUGUUGGCAGCUUUAUUGCAGAUGGUAAAAAAUCAAGCUCAAAUAUAUCGAAAUCUGGGACUUCGUCAGGAACUCUUCCCCAAAUGUUGAAUUUUGGUGCACCAUUGACAACAUCCAGCCCUCCUUCACAAGGGGCCUCUAGUGAGUCUUCUGACGAGAAUGGGAGUAGUCCUCUUAAUCGGGAUCCUACAAUUUAUAGUAAUGCAAAUCAAUCGAUUCAUAAUAUGCCAGUUUACCAACUAUGGGCUGGCCAAAAUCCACACUGAGGUUGCUUCUCAAUUAACAGUAUGGAGCUUUGUGGCAUUGACACAGCAACCGAACUUGCAUAGCAGACAUUGAGGUGAAAUCCUAAUGCUAAUGCUAACAUGCGUUAAUUAUUACAGGCCGUAGAUGAGCUUUCUUUUUAUAUUUAUUUUAGGUCGGAUACCUUCUCCUUGA